UCGGAUUUCCUCUCCCGCUUCUAGCGCAUUGUUCUGCACCUUUUUAUUCAGCCUCGGGGACCACACAAGGCAGCAACCCCUCGGCCCUCUUCCUUGCUUUUCCAACGCCACUCUCCCACGCCAGCCGCCCACGAUGGCCUCAGAGCCCCCCUCUAAGCGCAAGUGCCUCAGCGCCGACUGCGAGAACGAUGCCGGCUCCCUCCAGUGCCCGACCUGCCUGAAGCUCGGCAUCAAGGAUAGCUUCUUCUGCUCGCAGGACUGCUUCAAGAAGAACUGGGGCACGCACAAGGCGAUGCACAAGCAAGAAAACAAAACCGGUCACCACAACCCGUUCCCGGCCUUCAACUACACGGGCCCUCUGCGCCCUGUCUACCCCCUGUCGGAGCGCCGCAAGGUUCCCGCCUCGAUCCCCCACCCCGACUAUGCCGCCGACGGCAUCCCCAAGCAAGGCCGCUCCCUCGGCCGGUCAAACAAGAUCGAGCUCCUCGACGCCAAGGCCCAGGAUGGUAUGCGCAAGGUCUGCCGGCUGGCCCGCGAGGUCCUCGACAUCGCCGCCGCCGCCAUCCGCCCCGGCAUCACUACCGACGACAUCGACAAGAUCGUCCAUGAGGCCUGUGUUGAGCGAAAUUCGUACCCCUCGCCGCUGAACUACAACUACUUCCCCAAAUCGGUCUGCACGUCCCUGAACGAGGUUAUUUGCCACGGCAUCCCGGACCAGCGCCCGCUAGUUGACGGCGACAUUAUAAACCUGGACGUGACCCUCUACCACGAGGGCUUCCACGGCGAUCUGAACGAGACCUAUUAUGUGGGCGACAAGGCCCUGGCCGAUCCCGACUCGGUCCGCGUCGUCGAGGCCGCGCGCGAGUGUCUGGAAGAGGCCAUCAAGCUGGUCAAGCCCGGCACUCUGUUCCGCGAGUUUGGAAACGCCAUCGAGAAGCACGCAAAGUCCAAGGGCUGCAGCGUCAUCCGCACCUAUGUCGGCCACGGCAUCAACGCCAUCUUCCACUGUCCGCCCAACAUCCCCCACUAUGCCAAGAACAAGGCCGUGGGCGAGUGCAAGCCCGGCAUGACGUUUACCAUUGAGCCCAUGAUUGCUCUCGGGAAGUACCGCGAUGUCACCUGGCCGGACAACUGGACGAGCACCACUAUUGAUGGCAAACGGACUGCCCAGUUUGAGCACACCCUUCUUGUUACCGAGACGGGAGUCGAGAUCCUGACCGCCAGGAAAGCGGACUCCCCCGGCGGCCCGGUGCCGAUGCCAACCCCGGCCGCAGAACCGGAGGCGGCGGAUGCUAAUGAAACCAAAGCAUAGAAGUAAAAUGAAGACCAUGUCAAUUCUCUGAGUAAAGGACACUAGUAAUGUUGGUUGUGUUGGUGCCUGGGGAGCGAAAGACUAAUUCUCUUAGCUUUUGUGUUCAUGGCGGCUAAUAACAGGCUAUUUGCUGAGAAUCUUGACCGUCCAGAACACAGCGAGAGGCGAGGUUCGGCUUGCUUCAUCUACCGGACUGCAUUGGAAGAUAAUGAGUCUAUGCUCGACGUCUUGUCUGGCGUUCGUUUCACCUUUUCGAUAUACGAGCGCAGAUUGCAAAGAUAGCUCUACGCAUAUAGACAUGCCCGCAUAAUAUCUAAGUGUGAGGAGGGGAAAGAAAGUCAUGAACGACUUCCAGUCUCAUCUACACAACAGGGAGGUCUUUUCAAGGGAGGUCUUUUCACUGUGUGGAGAGCAAAACCAACACGGUAGGGGUAUGAAGAGCGUUUUAGGGGCUAGUAUCUCGGUCUAGCU